CCCAACAUAGCUGGUCCUUCACAAAUUGUACCCUACACUACCCCAGGAGGUCCAGGACCAUCUCAGUAUGCCAACCACAUGGUGCCAGCCCAGAAAAAGAAUCUUGAAGACAAUUUCCAGCAAUUAUCCAACAAUUUCCAGCAGCUGUCUACCAAUUUUCAGCAAUUCAUGCAAAGCCAAGCUGCUAUCAAUAGUCAAAAUUCACAAGCCAUUGCUGAGAUUCGAGGGUCAGUCACAAGGUUGACUACAACCAUGAGUGCUCAAGAGAAAGGGAAAUUCCCUGCACAAUCUCAGCCUAAUCCCCAAGGCCAAAACCACCAAUUUCAAAAUGUGGCAGGAGAUUCAAAUGUCAAGCAAGUCAAGGCUAUUACAACCUUGAGAAGUGGUAAGGUGAUUGGCAUUCCAGCUCAAGAGGUAGAAAAGAAUGGAAGACCCUUCUUGGCUACUUCUAAUGCACUCAUAAAUUGUAGAAGUGGAGUUUUAAAGUUGAGUUUUGGAAAUAUGACCUUGGAGCUAAAUAUUUUUAAUCUUUGCAGGCAACCGCAAGAAGUUGAAGAAGUUCAUGAAGUGAAUUUGCUGGAAAAUUUCAUUGAUGAAAAUUCUACACAUUACUUUCAACUUAUUGCUCAUUGGAGUGCUCAAGAUACACGGAAAUUCAUGCAUGAGGUGAGAUCGUUCUUCUAUGAUGAUCCUUACCUUUUUAAGUAUUGUUCAGAUCAAAUCAUUAGGAAGUGUGUGCCCAAUGAUGAAAUUUCUGGUGUCUUAAAUUUUUUCCAUACGGAAGCUUGUGGUGGGCAUUUUUCAGCCCACAAAACAGUGGCCAAAAUUCUUCAAAGCGGAUUUUAUUGGCCAACCAUGUUCAAGGAUGCUUUUAGUUUUUGUAAAACUUGUGAACCUUGUCAGAAAUUAGGAGGAAUCACUAGGAGAAAUAUGAUGCCUAUGCAAGCCAUACUAGUGAUUGAAAUUUUUGAUUGUUGGGGGAUAGAUUUUAUGGGACCAUUUCCUUCUUCUUAUGGCUAUUUAUACAUUUUGCUUGCUGUUGACUAUGUUUCUAAGUGGGUUGAGGCAGUCCCUUGCAAAUCUAAUGAUCAUCAAGUUGUUUUAAAAUUUUUUAAAGAAAACAUUUUUGCAAGGUUUGGCAUGCCAAAAGCCAUAAUCAGUGAUAAUGGCACCCACUUUUGUAACAAGCAUUUCUCGGCCUUAAUGAAGAAGUAUGGUAUCCAUCAUAAAAUCUCUACUCCCUAU